AAAAAAGUUGCUUCGUUCUAGCUGAUGACGAAUAGGCAUCAGUGUCGUGUCGUAUCUCGGUGCCGAUUGUUUUGACUCGUCAAGAGUGGAAGAGUCAUCAACUAUUCCCUCCAGUUUUGUCUUAUUGAAGAACAGAGAGGGAUUCAAAUAAGCUAAUGGCGCCUUCAGCAGCGACAAAGAAGAAACGACUCAUCUUCAUUGGGAUUGGCGUCACAUUGAUGCUAGUUGUCAUCAUCGUCCCUAUUUCAAUCGAACUUUCGCAGGAAAAGAAUCAGGUCCCAUCCACACUCGACAAUCGUAUAGAAUGCUUUCCCUUCAAAAACAUGGGUUCAGAAAACUGCACAAAAGCCGGUUGCCUUUGGGAGACUGUUAGCGGACAGCCUUCCUGUUUCUUGCCCGACUCCAGCGUCUACGGUUACGAAAUCAACAGUGCUCAAACAAAUUUCCCCAACAACAAAGGGUUCAGUAUCAAUUUACGGCGAAUUCGAUCGGCCGACGGUACGCAGUCCUUCUCGCUAUACGGGAAUGAUAUCGAUGAAAUCACUUUCGCAGUUAAUUACCACUCGGACAACACACUUGGAAUAGCGUUUUAUCCGAAAGGCGCCAAUCCGGAACAGCUUCGGCCGCCUGUGGCAAUCACAUUUCCUAACAAAGAAAUCAGUGACCAACGCUACGAAGCAAGGCUUGUAAACACUGGCAUCGGUCAACCAUUCAACUUCCAAAUCAUCCGAAGAAGCUCCAAAGUUGUCAUUUUCGAUACUUCCAUGGGAGGCUUGACGGUAGCCAAACAGUUUCUCAUGCUCAGCACCAAACUGCCGUCCGAGUAUCUUUACGGAUUGGGUGAAAACACCCACGACACAUUCCUUCACGAUAUGAACUACAGGAUGUGGCCAAUUUUCUCUCGAGACAUUUCGCCUAUCGACGAAGAUGUCAAUCUCUACGGCGCUCACCCCUUCUACAUGGUGUGUGAAAAUGACGGGUCUUCUCACGGUGUCUUUUUCUACAACAGUCAUUCGAUUGAUGUGACGACCAUGCCGAAUCCCGGCCUCACCUUCCGCACUAUCGGUGGCAUGUUGGAAUUCUUCGUCUUCCUCGGACCCGAGCCGGAAUCCGUCGUCAAACAGUACAGUGACGUCAUCGGUAAAACAUUUAUGCCUCCUUACUUUGCACUCGGAUUCCAGCUCAGCCGCUGGGGCUACAAAAACACUAGCGAGAUCCGACAAGUCAUCGACCGUACACGAAGCGUCUACAUCCCUCACGACAUUCAAUAUGCGGACAUUGACUACAUGGAUGGGCGGAGAGAUUUCACCAUCGACCCCGACAACUUCGGUGAUCUGCCCGCACUAGUAGACGAAGUGAAACAAGACGGUCUGAGAUUUAUCAUCAUUUUGGAUCCGGCUAUCGCUAAUGAUUAUCAAACUUACGACCGGGGCGUGGCGCUAUCCGUCUACGCGGAAUGGGUCAAUGCCACUAUCAAGCCGGAUGACCAACCUACAGACAGCAAUAUCAUCAUUGGCAAUGUGUGGCCAGACAAUAAAACAGCGUUUCCAGAUUUCUUCAAAAAGUCCACCGAAACGUGGUGGACAGAGGAGAUCCGCUUGUUUUAUCAACAGCUCAAAUUUGACGCUCUUUGGAUCGAUAUGAAUGAAGUCAGCAACUUCGAUACCAAUCUGUACAGCGACAAAUUACAAUGCCCAACAAACGAAUGGGACGAUCCGCCUUACGAAACGAUGGCUGCCCAUACUGGACCAACAUACAGACUCUCAGACAAAACCAUCUGUAUGGUGACCAAAUUCGGUGACGUAAGUCAAGAGCGCCUUCACUACGAAGUCCACAAUCUGUACGGUUACUCCCAAGCUAUCGUUACGCAAAGGGCAGUGCGCCAAGUCCUAUCCGGAAAGAGAUCCAUGGUUCUCUCUCGCUCCACAUUCGCCGGAAGUGGCCAAUACACUGGACACUGGCUGGGCGACAAUUUCUCAACGUGGAAAAACAUGGCAGAUUCCAUUAUCGGCAUGAUGGAAUUCAACAUGUUUGGCAUGCCCUAUAUCGGGGCUGAUAUUUGCGGAUUUAUUUUUGACACGACCGAGGAGAUGUGCGAAAGAUGGAUGGAAAUCGGCGCCUUCUAUCCUUUCUCACGAAACCAUAAUAAUAUCGACGCCAUCGAUCAAGAUCCAGGCAUCUGGCCGACAACGGUAGCCGCAUCUGGCCGUAAAGCGCUCAACAUUCGCUAUCGCCUCCUUCCUUACCUCUACACUCUUUUCUAUGAGAGCCACACUACAGGAUCUACAGUUAUCCGUCCCCUCUAUCACGAGUUCUCUCAGGAUAGAAAGGCUCGCUCAAUCGACAAGCAGUUCAUGUGGGGACCGGCUCUUCUGAUUUCCCCUGUACUGGAAGAAGGAAAACUCUCUGUCGAUGUUUACAUUCCAGACGACGUCUGGUACGAUUACUACACUGGUGCCCGAGUAACAGUUCUCGGUAGUACUACACUCUCUGCUCCGAGGGAUCACAUCAACUUGCAUUUGAGAGGCGGCUACAUCCUGCCCGCUCAAAAACCCGCCCUCAAUACCAUGCUCAGUCGGCAGAACAACUUUGAACUUUUGGUACCGCUGAAUGACCAGAACUCGGCCAGCGGUAAAAUGUUUUGGGAUGAUGGAGAGAGCGCCAACACAAUCGAGGACGGACUCUAUCAAAUCAAUACCUUCGAACUGAGCAACAAUCUUUUGACAAUGAAAGUAGAGAUGGUCGCCGAAUCCACUUGGACAGGCAUUAGCCAAAUGCUGGACACGAUAGAAAUUAUGGGAUGGCCCAACUCACCAACGAAAGUUUCAGUGAAAAACUCAACUGACAUUUGGACUCUAAAUGCAGACGAAUACUUUUAUAUCGUGGAAACCAAGAGACUGACAAUUUCGCAUGAAUUUGACAUGAACAAAGACUAUACAGUCCAAUUUGAAUAGAUGGUGCAAACAUUCAUGAUAUAUGCCCAGCUAUAAUGCUUAUCGUUCAAUAAAUCAAACAGGCAUUAUAA